AACUACAAUUAUAAUUAAUGUCUAGAAAAUAUCAUCCCAAAUCAAUAACCAUUUAAUAUAAACAUAGUUAAAGAAGAGAUCCAGAGCCUCUCUUUGGUUAAAAUAGAGAAAUUUUGGUCGUUCUGUUGCAUAGAUCAAACAUGUUUCUUACCAGUUGAGUGUCAUGCACCUGCCUUUGAAGGGCUAAAAAGAAUGGAUCAGAUCCAUUAUUCCAUUGAAAAUGAAAUACAAGAAAGGUGCAGGGUAGAUAUAUAUAGAAAAUUUCAAGGAAACAGUGCUCUAUGCCAAAUUGAAGAGGGCCUUUUUUUGGGUUCCUUGGGUGAUGCAAACAAUAAGGCUGCAUUGAAAAGCUCCAAUGUAACGCAUAUCUUAACCGUGGCUAACCUAUCUCUUCCUUUGUAUCCAAAUGAGUUUGCUUAUAAAAUUAUCGAAGUCAUGGACAGGGAAGAUACGAAUCUAAUGCAGUAUUUCGACGAGUGUUUCAGUUUCAUCGAUGAAGCUAAAAGACUAGGUGGUGGUGUUUUGGUUCACUGCUUUAUGGGAAUAUCUAGAAGUGUGACAGUGGUUAUUGCUUAUCUAAUGAAAAAGCAUGGUAUGAGGUUUUCUCAAGCUUUGGAACAUGUAAAGCGUAGACGACCUCAAGCAUCUCCGAAUUCUGGUUUCAUUUUACAGCUGCAACAAUUUGAAAAAACCCUUCGAGGUUGAUCAUUGUUCAGUCACUUCCCUAGGCCCUUGAAGUUCCAUCUGUCGCGUUUGAGUGUAAGGAAUAUGAAAAGACUCGGCUCGAUCGGUCUGCGUUAGUUUGUCGGUCCAUUUUCUCCUUCUUCAACAAAAAGCAGUGAGAAGAAAGGCCUGGCUUUUUGGCAUUGUUACGAUGCACUCGAUUAAGAUGCUAGUAUAUUGUGUGAUGGUUAAAUGUAAUCAACAUAUACUAGCCAAAUAUACAUGAUCCAAUUUAUUAAACUAUAUGAAUUGGAAAAUACAAUAAUAGAAUGGAAAUUUUUCUCAAUUAAAAUGUUAAUAAUAUAUAUAUAUGAAGUUUUAAUAAA